AUGAGGAUUGAUACCGUCCUGGCUGUAAGCGAAAAGCUACGUUGGAUGAGUGAUGUACGAAUUGGAAACAACACUUCUCUUUCUGCAGGAGCCACUGAAUUUGUGCCGGCAGCCCCAUUUGCGGGACGGUCGACGAAGGCAGCGGCAUAUGCUGCGCUCUCACCGACAGCUGCCGAGUUUUUGCCUGAAGGCGACGCUCGCCAGUGGGGGUGGAAUGGCUCCUGGAGCCAGAGUGGAACCUGGACAGGAGGAAGCUGGCCCGGCCAAGGUUACUCCACCAAUGGCGGAGACAUAAACGGCUGGGCAGGAGCUGCUGCGUCACCCACAUGCUGGUUCAACGACGAUGCAUACUCCACUGAUUCCUCUCACAGCGAUUCGGAGCCCGAAGCUGACGCCGACGAAGCCCAGGGAGGCGCCGAGCUCCACGUACUUCACCAGGCGUGCGAGGUCCCGAACAAUGAAAUUGCGGGUGAUGACGAUGACUUUGACUCGUUCUCAGAGGACGACGGCGUGGAUGCUAGCCUUCCACGCACAGCCACUUCCGACGGUGAAGCUGAGCACGUGGUGCCUUCGAGCCGUGUCGACGUCAUCUCGAAGCCAGCCUGUGCGGCUGGUGUUGAAGGUUCAGAUGAUGGCCCUGCCUCAGAGGAGAAGUGCCGCAGCGAUGCAGUUUUUGCUCGCAGUCGUGAGGAGUUAGUGCAGAGCUGCACCGCUGAAGAGCUGCAGGCAUCAGGAGACAAGAGCAUUGGGUGUAAGUACGACAUCCGCUUCAUGCUCGCAAUGAGGCCUCCAGUUGCUGAUUCAGAGACCAGCCUGCAGCUGCCUCGGUGCGAGCAGGUGCGACCCGAGGAGGAUGUGCCAGACUUCUUGCGUCGCCGUGAGGACUCUGAGCCGAAUGAAGAGGAAAGCUGGCGAGCAACACGAUCCGGCGAAGCAUCAAAGAAUCGCAGCCGGACAGCGCAGGACUCAAAGCAGACCAAGUCUGACAAGAGUGAUAGAAGUACAAAGCAAGAUGCACAAGCUUCGGCGAUGAAGCUUGAGGUUAGUGACAAUUCCUGGGCAGCGCAGAUCGCCAGAAGAAAGGCGCUGAGCAAAGAAAGCUCGGACGAUUCCUUUGUAAAGAACAUGAGAAGUGUUCUGAACAAGCUCACUGUUGAGAAAUUCGACACGCUGUCUGAUCAAAUCAUAGACUUGGUGUCGCAAUCGGACCGCCCCAACCACGGGAUUCCUUUGCUGAUGCAGUUGGUCUUCGAGAAGGCUACCACCCAGCACCACUUCAUCAAUAUGUACGUGGGCUUGUGUGUUAAGCUCCACAAGUGGCUCACUGACAGUGACCACAUAGAUGGCGCUGAGUCGCAAAGCAACUUCAAGCGCGUCCUUCUGAAUCAAUGUCAAUCCUCAUUUGAGCAGUAUCUGGAGCCUCCGGAAGGCUUUGAUGGCCUUACAGGUGAUGAGCUUUACGAGGCUCAGGUCAAGUACAAGACCAAGAUGCUGGGCAACAUCCGUCUAGUUGGUGAGCUCAUUCGACAUGGGAUGCUGGCGCCAAAGAUCGCCAUCGCGGUGGCAUCAGAGCUGGCUAGAGAUGACCCCGCUGUGCGCAGCGAGCGCCUGGAAACACUAGCAACUUUCCUUGAGACAGUUGGCGUGGCCCUUGAUGACCCGAGUUGGAAGCACCAUCACGAGCUCGAGAUGGUCUUCGAGGAGGUUGUUCGAGCCUGCUCUGAUGAUACUGUUCCUCGACGUGUUCGCUGCCUUCUUCAGGACGUGCUCGACCUGCGGAACGGUGGAUGGAAGUCGAAAAGGCGAAAAGACCUUAGCAAGGAAACGCCUCAGACUCUCGCCCAAGUCCAUGAGAAGGCGAAGGCAGACCAAGUUCCGAGACGGGACACGAGCAAAAGCUUUUCGUCCUGCAGGGCAGAGGUCUCAUCUUCGCCAUCUUGGACAAGUGUCAGGGAUCUUGGACGACAGCUGUGA